UGUUUAAUUUAUUGCGUUGUUAAUUCCUUAUCGCACGUGAUGUGAUCUGACAGGAAUGGAGUAGUGACAGAUGACUUUAAUGCCCCAAGCAUUGCGCAAAAGGCAGUCGGUGAUCUGUAAAUCCCACUGAACACUGCAGUGACAUCCCGACGGUGGUCAAAGUUGAGUAGAUGUCUGGGUCAAGCAGCUGAUAUAAGGACUUUUAACCAAGCACAUCGUUUUCGCAUCGACGGAAUUGGGAUAAAGUAAAAACGGAGAACCUAGAAGAACAAAAACCGUACACAAUCUUAUACCACCUGAACCGGACAUCUCCAUUGUCGUUAUGCAGAACUUUUCCACAACAGAGAUCGUAUCUGACAGCUCAAUGUACGUUUAUCUAUGUAACGCACGGUGUGCACAGGAAAAGGCAGUAUUCUUACAGGUGUGAUUGAAUAAGGUAGCUUAAGCUAGCUAUUCUUCCUGGGUAGAAAUGAAUGAAGUAUAUUCCUCAUCACUUUGCUGAAACUCAAGGAAGUUCGACCCUGGGAAGUUGCAUGGAAUAAAGUGACAGCCACGUCGGGUGCCAAAAUGAGCAUUUACUGUCAUAUCUGGAGGAUUUUAUCGAUAGUCCUAGCGACGAUUGUCUCAGUUGUCAUGCAAGAGUUGGACAGUCAGGAGAUGUCAGACAACACCAAGAGCUCUCUGCCAUUGCCUGUGUUUCUUCCAGUCAGCUACCAGGUGGUCGACACAGAUUACUUUUUCCUGAAAGAGGCUGGUCAGGACUUCAUGAGGAACUUCAGCAUGCAGACUCAGACCCAGCCAUUCGUCAUCCUGGGAGCCCGUCGUCCGCCGGCUGUCAAUGCCAGCUACGGGCCGUUGUCCACACAGCAGCCCGUGCCUCUGGAUCUGGUCCAGUCGGUGCAGUUGUUCCGGGCCCCGGGUGUGUUCACCUACAACUGGAAGGUCCAGUCCUUCGUGCUGACCCCCCGGGUCUAUUCCACCAUGCCCGUGGUCCGGGUGUUGUUCUAUGUGGCUGGGAGGGAAUGGGACAGGGGAGCAGACGGGCUAACGGAUGAGUUGCCAUGUAUUACAGUGUUUGCCUUCUGGCAGACCCAAGAGGUAAGAGGCUCCUGUGCCCUCGGGGGUCAGAGGGGCACCUGCAUGGCUGAGUUAGAGCCUGUCGCUGGCUGGUUUAGUCCUGCAGCAGAGAGCUCCAGUCGGGAGAGGCUGGACCAAACCGAGGGCAACACUGUGGAGCUGUACUACCAGGCCCGGCCCAGCGCUUAUGGGCAGUGCAUGGACAGGAGUGGGAGCCGGUGGGGCAGCUCAGAGCAGCCGCGGCAGGCUGACUACAUUCAUGUGACUCCCAUGCAGAGGAUCGGCAGUGUGCGUCUCCUUAAGGUGCCAAAUGGAGCAGUUUCUCUGUCUCAACUCAAGCUGGGCAAGGCUGUUGUCAUCCAGACCUCCUCCAAACCCCUGAAGAAGACAGAUAUUGCCACUUUCUACAUCCUCAUGACCAGUUCCUCCUCCUUGGAGAACUUCACCCUGCGUGCAACUGUAAGGCAAGGAGUAUUGUUUCGCACAGCAACACCCAGCAACUCAUUGCUGUGGGACAUCACUCUGGAUACUGGAGUGGACAGCACCAUUGCCGUUAUUUGUCAGAGGAAAGUGCCCAUAUAUGGAAAAAGGACGGACAGCAGUCUACUGGAGGUCUUACAGAUGGACUUUGAGGUGGAGGAGCUGGGCAGCCAGUUGGACAGCCAGGUGAUUACAUGGCAUCUGGAGUCGCCACCAGACAUCAGGGAUGUGGGGAACGAGGAGGGGUCUAUGAGGAUCUACACCAUCCAGAGGGACUUUGUUGGCCUGGCCCCGCUCGUCAUGGACUCUGAGAUCCUGAACACGGCCGUGUUGACUGGGAACAAGGUGGUGCUGCCUGUCAGGACCGUGGCUGUGGAGGCGGACGGGUCAGUCACUGAUGUCUCAGACUUCACAGACUGCAGCUCCACAGAUGAGGACAUCUUAAAGGUGUCAGACAGGUGUGACUAUGUGUUUGUGAAUGGGAAGGAGAUGAAGGGCAAGCUGAGGAUGAUGGUGAACUUCACCUACAGCUACCUGAGUGCCCAGCUGGAGAUGAACGUGUGGAUCCCACGGCUGCCCCUCCAGAUCGAGGUGUCUGACACGGAACUCAGCCAGAUCAGAGGCUGGAGGGUGCCCAUUGUCUCCACCAAGAGCUGGAACAGCGAGGACGAGGAGGAUAAGAAGGGUAGAGGCUGCAUGUUACAGUUCCAACAUGCCCUGGUGCGCGUGGUGACACACUUCAUAGCGGAGCAGUCGGACCCUCGUGAGCCCCAGGCCUACUUACUGGGCUCGGACUGGCAGGUGGACGUCACCAGGCUGGUGCGCUACUUCCUGAAGGUGGACGACCCCCGCAUUGCCAGGUUGCAGGCAGGCACCGUGCUGUCAGGACGAGAUGUGGGGACCACCUCUAUCCAGGUGCUGUCCCCACUUUCUGACUCCAUCCUGGCGGAGAAGACGGUCACUGUAGUGGAUGACAAAGUGACCAUCACAGAACUGGGGGUGCAGCUGGUCACCGGCCUGGCUCUGUCCCUGAAACUCAGCCCAGGAAGCAACCGGGCUAUCCUCGCGACAACAACUACCCAGGAAGUGCUACAGAGCCCAAAGCAGGAGGCUGUGGUAAGUUCCUGGGUCCAGUUCAGCGAUGGAGCCAUGACCCCUCUGGACAUCUAUGAUCCCACCUGCUAUCGAUUGACAGUGACCUCUCUGGAUGAGGGCGUGGUGUCAGUGCGGGGCUCCCCGCCUAUGGUGCAGGCCCAAGGAGAGGGACAGGGAGUACUCAUCCGGGUGGAGAUGUCCAUCUGCGAGGCCUGCCAGAAGUCCAAACGGAAGAGCACCAUGGCCGUGGGCAGCGGCAGCCUCAAGGUCAAGUUCCAAGUCAACAGCCGGCGCUUUAGCAGUAACAACAGCAUCAGUGGUGGAGGAGGGGUUGGCAGUAAGAGCAGUAAGGACGGCAGCAGUGACUACGGAAACGACGGAGAAGAGGUGGACAGUGAGAGGAAGCAGCAGCAAACCAUGUCCAGCAGCUCAGCCUCCGAGCGGGAGGAGAGUGCUGUGCGCAAGGUCACCACAACCGCCAAGUCAGCUGAGCGUGAAUCUGCUCCGGGCAGCGUGUCUAGUGAUGGCAGCAUUCAGGUCGCUGAAGGCGGGGUCAGUGAAUCAGGAAACUCAUUAAACGCUGGAACCCUCAACAGCCCUGCAGGACCUAUCAACAGCAGUGAUGUUAGCAGCCCUAGUGACUAUGUGAGAACUGAAGGGACAGACAACGGUCUUGUUGAAGACAUGGGUAGCAUUGUAUUCAGUAGCACUGUGAAGGCCCCGGGUAAUCUGGUCAACUAUAAAAACAUCCCCUCUGAAGAGGUGCCGGGACAGGAGCCAGUGGAGAUGGACAUGGGAAGCGAGGACGUACUUUCCAACCGGCCGUUCUCGGACUUGGAGAUCGGCAUGUAUGCCUUGUUGGGGGUCUUCUGUGUGGCCAUCCUGGUGUUCCUGGGGAACUGCAUCUCCUACGUGGUGAAGUUCAGGCACAAAGAGCCCCCAUCUUACGGCCAAGAGCCCACUGGACACAGGCAUGACUGGGUCUGGUUGGGUACGGAUGCUGAACUGGUAAUGAACGUGCCUGGAAGUCCCAUCCAGCAAGAAAGCCACAACGCAACCACGGUGAUAGACAUUGGGCCAGAUAAGACUGCCUCUCUGCCCAGGCGGUCUAGCUGCCUGACUUCCUCUAGCCCCUCCUCUCUUCCGGGCUGUGCGGGCUCCCUCAGGAGUAAACCCAUAAACCGCACCGAGUCCCUGCACUCCCCCACCAGCAAGAGGAAGAGGGUCCAGUUCACCACCUUUGCCUCGCUGGACCGCCAGCCCUCCCCGCACCUUCCCAGAGAGAAGGGCCAUGGCAUCCAUUGGGUGGGGAAAGAAGAGAACAACGCUGGACCCCAAGUGCCCAUCACAGAGCCUGUGGAAAGGUUGUAAUACAUAUCGGGACUGAUUCACCCAAACUGGCAUUUAUACAGACAAACCAAUUUUGUAUCGCUCAGUUAAUAGGGGCAUGGCACUUGCAAUGUCAAAGGUUGAGAGUUCAGUUCCAGCUGGGGCCACCCAUAUGUAAGAUGUAUGCAAGCGUGACUAUAAUUUGUACCAAAAAAUUUGUUAAACUGUCUACUAAACGGCAUAUGUUAUCUUUUAAGUAAUCAUAUUAUGGUAGAUCUUUCCACCAAUUUGUGAAACAAAUAUCAGAAUUGGACAGCCUGUGUAAAUGCAGCCUACAGGAUGUGACUUUGAUUACCUCAAUGCCUUUUUUCAUGGAUAAAAGGAGACACUUGUUCAUUAUCUGUGAUUACACAAAGAUCCUUUGUUUCAAUAUCUGUGAAAGAGUGUACAAAUAUUAAGUGUUUUGUGGAAGAUUUUUUUUUAUAUUAGAUACUUGAGAGAAUACUGUGAAUACUUGUGAGGAUCCUUCUCAUUAACUGAAUGACGGUGCUUAACAGGGGUUUAAUAGUUUGACUCAGGCUGUUGCAUGUGAAAGAAAUGUAUCUUACCUUUUACACUCAUUUGGUGGUAAUCCCCUCAUGUGUUAACAUUUACGCUUUACAAGCAAGGUAUUGUUAGUGAGUAUGUGAGCCAAGGUACAAAACAAGGAGUUUUUCUAUAUGCACUGUUUGUCUUUAUAUUGUGUACAUUUGUUUUUUCUGAAUUUUUGA